GCGGACCGGAAACAGCGUGAGGUUACCGAAGUCUCAUUAGAAGAGCUACAUUUGCUGAUUGUUUAACCAGCUCCUCUGUCCUGUCAGUCCCUGUAAAGUUUUCUCUUGUGUUUUUCUUCACUUGGAACGUCCCGCAGCACAGAGAAGAUGUUGAGAAAUGCCUCAGCACAGCUCUUCAGACAGGUGGUGAGAUACAGGUGUACAGACACAAGCCUCAUCCUGGAAAGAUCGAUAAACCGCGUGCAGCUGUUAGGACGAGUUGGUCAGGACCCGGUGAUGAGACAAGUGGAAGGUAGAAACCCAGUCACCAUCUUCUCACUGGCAACUAAUGAGAUGUGGCGCUCCGGAGAUGGAGAGACGAGCUCAACAGGUGACGUCAGUCAGAAAACGACGUGGCAUCGUGUGUCUGUGUUCAAACCUGGUCUGAGAGACGUGGCCUACCAGUACGUCAAGAAGGGGUCCAGGAUUCUAGUAGAGGGAAAAUUGGACUAUGGAGAAUAUUUAGACAAGAACCAAGUCCGACGUCAGGCUACCACCAUCAUCGCAGACAACAUCGUCUUUCUGAGCGACGUGAGAGACAGAACAUGAAGGACUUUCGUCUUUCUCCCCACUCAAUGUGACAACCUCUUUUUGUAGCUUCUUGUUAUAGAAAAGUGAGACUUGAGGACACCAAAGUAAAGAACUGUUAGAAGGGGACCGAAAAAGCUUUCUGAUUGUUGCGCCCCCUGCUGGUGCAAAUGAAGACUUUCAUUCUUAAAGAGGAGCAGAAAGAAACUUCCCUCUUCUAUAAUAAAAAAUACUUUGAUCACAUUAAGUUUAAAUAGCAGUUACAGAUAUACAUACGUUUUUUUUCUCUUUAUUUAGGUUUCAUUUGUUAAAAAUAUAUAUUGCAAGAAAGAAUUUCGAUUAACAUGUUCAUUAGUCCCUCCGACUUACAUCAAAAUGUUUCUUAAAAGCUACAAGACUAUUUGAAAAGCUUGCUUCAGAUUUAUUAUAACUUCUGUUGUGCCAUUUAACCGUUUACCGCACAAGGUUGCAGGUAUAAAAGCCGCUAAUUUAGGGCAAAGUGGUAUUUUUGAAAUGGCUCUUUAAAUGAUAAAUGAAAAUAUUCGGUGUCUGAGUAACAACAAUCUUUGUCUGAAGUUUAAUAAAGCUUUCAACGACUUAUUGGAUUAUAUUUAAAAACAAAUGCAAAAACAGGCCUGUUUUCUUUUAUCUUAAUGGUUAUUCAUUGUAUUUAACAAUCAGGAAAUUCAGAGUUCAAUCCUGUAAGUUUAAAGAUGAUUAAUCUGAGAAAGGAUGAAAACAUGAAAAUCACCAGAUUCACUUUUGGUUUUGCAGUCUACGGGCUCCAUGUUGUAAAUGAACACACAGUCUGCAUCAAAAUUACACCAAUAACAAAUAAAAUAUGCUAAAGGUAUCAUGUGACAGCUACUCUAGCCCUUUUGACCUCGAGGUUUACGAGUCCUUUCUUUUAGAAAAUCUGGAGUUGUGACAUUUUCACCUGUGAAAGUAUUUUAAGCUCCUGUCAUCUAUGGUUUUGACCUGAUGCCAAAUGUUGACCUUCUUUCCUGUAUUUCACACACACAGAUGUCUCUUAAUUGAAGGUUGUUCAGCUGAAAAGUGCUGCUGACUGAAAGACUUGCGGUAAAAAAAAAAAUAAAAAAAAUAUUAAGCCCCAAAUUUAGAGGAAA